AUGGGAUUGUCUAGCGAGACACUGGAGCUUCCUAUGGAUUUGGUGACAGAUGAGAUUCUCACGAGACUGCCAGCAAAAUCUCUGAUGAGAUUCAAGUGCGUCUCAAAGCACUGGUUAUCGGUCAUCUGCUCAAAAUAUUUCAGCAACCGUUUUCUUACGGUUCCAUCCCCUCGCCUUUACUUGAGUUUACGGAAUCACGAAGACAAAGGUAAGUCGGUAAUACUCUCAUUGGCUCCUUCAAGCAGCAGUAGUACUACUCCGUCUUCCUUUGUAGUUGACCAUGAUCUGACCAUCCCACGGAUGGGAGGCAACAUCGUGCAAUUUUUUCGUGGCUUCAUGUGCUACAUCUGUAGGUCAAGGGCACAUAUCUAUAACCCUGCCACAAGACAACUUGUCACCUUACCCUUCACCAGAAACAUGAUCGUACCUCGAGGAGGAGAUAAAGUUGUCUACUACUAUUUCGGACACGACCCUAUUAACGACCAGUACAAGGUGGUCUCCUUGAUUUCUGUAUACUCUCUGGGUGGUGCGAAAGUGAUGAGUAAAAAUUGGGUCUUUGACUUAAAAGCGGGAGGAGGAGGUUCCUGGAGAAAGGCUGCUCUAACUCCACCGGACUUUUCUCCUCAUCAACUGGGUGUGGGAGGAGGAGUGUGUAUCGAUGGGGUUAUCUAUUACGUGGUUUGGGUUGAUUAUAAAGCAGUGGUUGUGAGUUUCGACGUUAGAUCCGAAGAAUUCAACAUGAUCCAAGUUCCUCCCAGGGACGGCGACGAGGACCUUCGAAGAACCCUGAAUUGGUCUCUUACCAAGAAUCUCGCUCUUUUGGAGCAUGGUGGAAAAGUAACUCUUUUUGACCAGACCAAUCUUAAAAACAAGGGUGUGGUGGCUUUAUGGACUCUGGAAGAUGCCGGGACCAAGAAAUGGUCGUGCAAGAGUCAGGCUUUGAAGCCUUGUCAGAUGCAUUUGGUCAGUGGCAUUAAAUUCUUGAUAAGAGGGACAACUCAAAAGGGCAAGGUUAUCCUGAUACCUAAAAGGAUCUUUUCUCCUUAUCACAUUCUUUGUUAUGAUUUACAAAGCAAUGAUAUGACAAAGAUUGAAAUCAAAGGUAUACCGGACCACUGGUUUAGUUUGCACAAAUAUAACAUAAGUCUUCACUUGAUGUUUAUGGACCAGAGUGAGAGCGUUAUGUGCUGGGAGACUUGA